AUGGUGACAUUCCAAGACGCUCAGUUCGUAGUUAUUAUUGGAGGAUGGAGUAAUACAAUAUCAGCGCUGUACAUAGAAGAACAUAUCUACUAUUAUCAUGGAACACUACUCAAUUCUGAGUAUAAACCGUAUUGGAUAUCUUGGAAUUCUUAUGAGGUGUCUGUAGGUCUGGGGAGUAUACAAGGUAGUGGGGUAAUUUUGUAUGGACAGCCACAAUGUCCGAUUAAAGUAAUCGAUGCUACCUUUGCUUCAAAUUUCGGAGAGACUUUAGAUUACAGGGUAAAUCAGGCAGUUCAUUCGGAACAACAUGAUACGAAGAGAUUACUUCUAAAUGAUCCUGAUGCUGUACUCAAUAGACUUCGCAUUUUAGAGGAGAAAUUUGCACAGUUAGGGACACCAACACAAACUGGCUCAACAUAUAUCAUAUGGGGGAGGAAGCAGUGCCCAAACAACACCAGUGAGCUUGUUUAUUCUGGUUUUGCUGGUGGUGGAGGUGUUGUAGAGACGGGUGCAGCUGCUGAUUACGUUUGUCUGACACCAGAUCCAGUUUUUAACAAGACUAGUGGCACUGACCAUGGUCGUAUGUAUGGUGCCGAAUAUGAAACUAACUUUUGGGCGAAAGACUCCCAUAAUGAAGAUGUGCCUUGUUCUUUAUGUCGUUCAUCUUAUGCAACAACAGUAAUGAUUCCUGGCACGAAUGUCUGCAAUAAUGGUUGGACGAGACAAUAUUAUGGAUAUUUAGCUUCAGGACAUCACGGUCAUCCAGCGGCAUCGGCAUUUGUGUGUGUCGACAUCAGUCCUGAAUACCUACGUGCUGGAUCACGUGAUAGCGAUGGCAAACUGUUUUAUGACGUCAUUGCCAAAUGUGGAUCAUUACCUUGUCCACCAUAUGUAAAUGACUACCCACUUACAUGUGUUGUUUGCUCAAAAUAA